AUGACUAACAUUAAAACAAUAUUUGUUACUGGGGGUGCUGGAUACAUUGGUAGUCAUUGUGUUUUGUCACUUUUAGAAGCUGGAUACGAUGUAGUAGCAAUUGAUAAUUUCGCCAACAGUGUAGAACAUAAAGAUUCAGCAGCCAGUUUGGAUAGAGUCAGUCAAAUUACUGGAAAGAAAAUAGUAUUCUAUAAAUGCAGUUUACUUAAUAUAGAGCAACUAGAUAACAUAUUUAAAAAGCAUCAAAUUGACUGUGUCAUUCAUUUUGCUGCAAUGAAGUCUGUUGGUGAAUCUAUGAAACAACCUCUAAUGUACUAUAAAAACAAUUUAGUGGGUGCAAUGAACCUUUUGGAAGUUAUGGCAACUCAUAAAUGUUUUCAUUUAGUUUUUUCAAGUUCAUGUACUGUAUACGGGAAUCCGAAGUUUUUGCCUAUAACUGAGGUUCAUCCUACUGGAAAUGUUACAAAUGUAUAUGGACGAACUAAAUUGUUUAUUGAAGAAAUAUUAAAAGAUUGUACAAGCUCUAAUUCGUGUUGGAAUAUAAUUAGCUUGAGGUAUUUUAAUCCAGUGGGUGCACAUCCAUCUGGUUUGAUAGGAGAGAAUCCAACAAAAAAUUUUUCAAAUCUUAUGCCCUACUUAGCUCAAGUAGCUCUUGGGAAAAAACCUACUUUAUCAAUAUUUGGUGAUGACUAUAACACACCUGAUGGCACAGGUAUACGAGAUUAUGUACAUAUUAUGGAUUUAGCUGAUGGGCAUGUAGCAGCAUUGAAAAAAUUGUUAUCUCAACAUUCAAACUUAGAAGUUUAUAAUUUAGGAAGUGGGCAAGGUACUUCAGUUUUAGAAUUAAUUAAGACUUUUGAAAGAGUAACAGGAGUCAAAAUACCAUAUACUAUAGAACCACGUAGACAAGGAGAUAUUGCUUCAAUGUAUGCUAAUUGUGAUUUAGCAAAAACAAAACUUGGUUGGUCAACUAAAUAUACAUUAGAAGAUGCAUGUAAAGAUUUCUGGAGAUGGCAAUCUAUGAACCCUAAUGGUUAUGAAGAAAUAAACACUAUCAAAAUAAAUAGUGAUAAUAGGUUCUCUAGUAAUCAAAUAAUUAAAACAAACCUUUAAUAAACACAGUUGAACAUUUU